AUGGCACCAAAGAAGAAGGAAACUCAAGUUGCUGAUGUACCUUUCCAGCAGGUUCGUGAGGGUCAAACAAACUUCGCUGUGGCUCAUAUAUUUGCCUCUUUCAAUGAUACAUUCAUCCACGUAACUGACUUAUCGGGAAGAGAAACUAUUGUAAGAGUUACUGGUGGAAUGAAGGUUAAAGCAGAUCGUGACGAGAACUCCCCAUAUGCUGCUAUGAUGGCUGCCGUAGAUGUUGCCCAGAAGUGCAAGGAAUUCGGAAUUCACGCUCUCCACAUUAAGCUCAGAGCCGUUGGUGGAGUCAAGUCAAAGACUAUGGGACCAGGUGCUCAAUCAGCUCUCAGAGCUUUGGCCCGUGCUGGAAUGAAGAUUGGCCGUAUCGAAGAUGUUACUCCAAUCCCAACCGACAGCACCAGAAGAAAGGGUGGUCGUCGUGGUCGUCGUUUGUAA